AUGUCACUUUUUUCUAGAUUUACAUCCAUUUUUGGCUCUAAUUAAACCACUUAGGCCUCCAGCACUCCUAUAAAUUAAUAAUUAUAAGAGAAACUAGCAUAAAUAAUUACUUCAAAUAGUAAACUAGAUCUUAAAUAAAAGGGUGAAGUUUUGGCAUAAUAUUUAUUAGAUAGGGAUGGUAAAUGAUAAAUAAUUAAAUUAUAGAGCAUAUUGAGUUUUUGUUCUAGUUUUUAGAAACUAAGUCUAAAGAUCUUCAAGGAGUUCAAGUAGUCCAUUUGUUGGCAGCUUUACAUUAACAAUUUUAAUAUAAUGAAAUAAUAUAAGAUGUAGCAAUUAAGUUAAGAGAAACAAAAAUGCCUUGGGUUUAAUUGGAAAAAUAAGAAUGGUAUUCUACUUAAACUGAACCUGACUUAUAAAAGAAUUAAUAAACAUAAAAGAUUUUGACUGAAUUUGAAGAUAAAGCAUAACCAGCUAGAAUAUAUGCUUAAUUGUGUUAUGUUUAUUUAUAAAAAUUGGCAGCCAAUGUUGAUUUAUAUAGAGCUGUACUUAAACUUAAUUAUCCCUAUGUGGCAGAUAAAGAACAAAUUGAAGCAAAAUUAAUGUUCUUAUGGCAUUACAAAAUACAAAAUUUGAUAAAUUCAGGCUUAAUAUUGAUUUAAUAUAAUCCAAAUUUAAUAGAAAUAUAAGUAGCUCUAUAUGUUGAUGUAUGGAGAUUUCAGAAGUUUAUUUGUACUGAAAUUGAAAAAAUCAUAGAUUAAUAUGCUACUUUACCUAAUAGUGAUACAUUAAGUUUAUAUGAAAUUUAUUGUGAAAGCAUAAAACAUUAUGAAUAUCUUAAUCAAUUUCAUUAAUUUACUUAAAAUAUUACAAAGCCUCCACCUUAAUGUUAAAUAAAUAAUUCACUAUUAUAAGAAUUCUUUGGAUUUGUUACUAAAUUAAAAGUGUUAAAUCAAUUCAAUUUCAAAAAGUCUAUUAAAGUUCCUAAUAAAUAAGAUCCUAUUAUGGGUAUUCCAACUAAAAAUCCAAAUGUAUUAUUUAUAUUUACCUUAGGUUAUUAAUAUUAGGAGAUCAAGUUAACAAUUACAUGACUCAUUAAGUAGUGAAUCUGAAGUUGAAAUUGAUUUAGGAAAUAAUAAAAAAAUGAGAUCUGACCAUAAUAGAGGAUAAAGUACAUUUCAAUAUGUCUAAAAAUGA